GGACUGAGAUGAUCGGUCUUCAGCCAUGUGGGCUCCUAGCCUGUAGUUUUGGUUGACUCUCCUUACAUUGUGCACAUGGGGUGGGGGUGUGUAUGACCUACCGGGUACAUCAGAGAGAUGGCGAGUGUCACCCUGUCCCUCUGGCACGCACUCUUAGUGCUGACCCUGUCACUGUCCGCAUGCCUCGUAUAUCUGCGCAUUUCUGAACGUACAGCCACACUGAGCAAACGAACAGUACAAGAAUCAGAGAUAAAUUUCGGAGGCAACCAAAAUCCAAAAAACUUACGGAGCAGGCAGCAUGUCCUCUCCCGCUCUGCACUGGCAUCCCCUACGACCGAUCCCGAAACACGCGUAACGUUAGAAUGUCAGAUGCCCCCGGAGAACCGUUUUGACUGCGCCCGGGACAGGACGUUGAGCCGGGCGGAGUGCGAGGCGCGGGGCUGCUGCUACGUCCCGCUGAGAGACGGCCUCUCCGGGGGACCGCCGUGGUGCUUUUACCCUGCAUCCUACCCGGGGUACAAGAUGGGACCGCUCUCUCCCACCCCUAGCGGUCAGACUGCCACUUUGACCCGCUCCACGCCCUCCUACCUCCCCCGAGACAUCUCCACACUGCGACUCGAGGUUAUGGCGGAGACGGAGGGCCGCCUUCACGUCACCCUGAAGGAUCCUGCCUUUUCCCGCUAUGAAGUUCCCCUGUCUGUGGCCAAGUCCAACAAGGACACGCCAACCCGAGACUCCCUCUACAGCACUGAAUUCCUCCCUGACCCAUUUGGAUUCAUAGUGCGCCGCAAAUCCAAUGGCCGUGUGCUUGUGAACACCACAGUGGCCCCGCUGCUCUUUGCUGACCAGUACCUGCAGCUGUCCACCUCCCUGCCCUCCGCUCUGGUGUCUGGCCUGGGAGAGCACUACACUCCCCUCGCCCUGGACCUCAACUGGACCAGGGUCUCUCUGUGGAACCGGGACAUGGCGCCCCACAGCGAUGCCAACCUGUAUGGAUCCCACCCGUUCUAUCUGGUGCAGGAAGGGGACGGCCUAGCUCACGGAGUCUUCCUCCUCAACAGCAACGCCAUGGAGGUGGCGUUGCAGCCCACCCCGGCUCUCACCUGGGUGGCGAUUGGAGGGGUUCUGGACCUGUACGUCUUCCUGGGCCCUGACCCGCAGAGCGUCGUGCAGCAGUACCACCAGGUCAUCGGAUAUCCCAUGAUGCCUCCCUACUGGUCUCUGGGAUUCCACCUCUGCCGUUGGGGCUACCUCACCACCAACGCUACCCGAGCUGUGGUCCAGCGCAUGCAUGCUGCAGAUUUUCCCUUGGAUGUGCAGUGGAAUGAUCUUGACUACGCUGACAAGCGCCGAGUUUUCACCUUUGACCCGCAGCGGUUCGGGGAUCUCCCUGAAAUGGUGAAGGAGUUCCACCAGGAGGGGCUUAAGUACAUCCUUAUACUGGACCCAGGGAUCAGCAGUGCGAGUCCUCCUGGUUCCUACAGGCCAUUUGAUGAGGGGUUACGGAGGGGUGUGUUCAUCAAAAACGCCACUGGGCAGCCUCUUAUUGGAAAGGUGUGGCCGGGCCCGACCGCCUUCCCUGACUUCACCAACCCGGAGGCAAGGAGCUGGUGGGAGGACAACAUCCGUGACUUCCACAGCAAAGUCGCCUUCGACGGCCUGUGGAUUGACAUGAAUGAACCUGCCAGCUUCGUACAGGGCUCUGUGGACGGGUGCCCAGACUCUGACCUGGAGAGCCCCCCCUUUGUGCCAGGAGUGAUUGGAGGCAGCCUGAGCUCGGGCACUCUCUGCAUGUCUGGCCAGCAGAACCUCUCCUCCCACUACAACCUUCACAACCUCUAUGGGCUGACGGAGGCCAGCGCCACCCACAGCGCCCUGGUAAAGGUGCGGGGAUCGCGGCCCUUCGUCCUGUCCCGCUCAUCCUUCCCCGGGCUCGGCCGGUUCUCGGGUCACUGGACAGGGGACGUGCGCAGUGACUGGGAGCAGCUGCGGUGCUCCAUUCCUGGGAUACUGCUGUUUGGACUCUAUGGGGUCCCCCUAGUGGGGGCAUAUGUGUGUUGGUUUGGGGAUGACACCACUGAGGAGUUAUGCGUGCGCUGGACCCAGCUGGGUGCAUUCUACCCCUUCAUGAGGAACCACAACGACAAGCCCAACAUGCCCCAGGAGCCCUAUGUGUUUGGGCAGCAGGCCCAGGCGGCCAUGCGGAGCGCGGUGACCCUACGCUACUCCCUCCUGCCCCUGCUCUACACGCUGUUCCACCACGCCCACACCUCCGCCAGCACCGUGGCCAGGCCCCUCUUCCUGGAGUUCCCCUCGGAUCCCAACUGUCAGACGAUCGACAGGCAGUUCCUAUGGGGGAGCUCUCUGCUGGUCAGUCCUGUCCUGGAGCAGGGGGCUGUGGAGUUGGCCGCCUACCUCCCCCCAGGGACUUGGUACAGCCUGCACGAUGGUCAGCCCUUCUACAGCAGGGGGCAGUACCUGCUGCUGCCCGCCCCCCUGGAUACCAUCAACGUCCACGUGCGGGAGGGCCACGUCAUCCCCCAGCAGGAGCCGGCGCUGACCACCUCGGCCUCCCGCAGCAAGCCCUUCCUCCUCACGGUGGCGCUGUCCGAGGGGGGGUGGGCGAGGGGCGAGCUGUUCUGGGAUGACGGCGACAGUCUGGACACUUUCGAGAAGGGGGACUACUCCUACGUGAUCUUCAUUGUCGGACAGGCUGAGCUGGUGAGUCAGCCCAUCAAGAUAAACGGGGCUCUGGACGGGCUUCUGCUGGGCGGGGUGCGUGUUUUCGGGGUUCCCACCCCACCCCGUGAUGUGCGAGCCAACGGCGAGAAAGUGAAGGAUUUCUCCUACCGCUCCGACACCAAGGUGCUGACCGUGUCCGGACUGACCCUGCCCAUGGCUGAGGCCUUCACUGUCCAGUGGACCCUGUAACACCUGACCUCGUACCCGCGGCGCUCCCGUGUUUCUGACCUGAUCCUCGUACAGCAGAGUCACGCAUCAGAAACGUGGUGUCUCUCUCAUCUUUGCCUUCUCCAAAAGGGGCCGCUUAGCUGGGCUGGGCCAGGUUAAUGGUGGGAUGUUUCUCUCCAUGCU